AUGGCAGUGACAAAGACACCUGACGAAGAGAACAAUGCCAUUCAAGAAUUGUACAAGGAACUAGGUUCUGAACAUGCUCAUUUAGACCGUGAAUACUUGAAGCAGUUCCUCAUUGCACGUAGUUGGAAUGUGAAAGCUGCCAAGGAGCAAUUAUUAUCAACCAUGGCAUGGCGUAAAGAAAACAAGGUGGACCUAUACCCUGCAGCUACCAAGGACAACAAACUACCUCUGCUUUAUCCUGUACGUGGUUUCGAUACUAUUCCAGAUGGCAACUUGACGUCCGACGCUGGUGUCUCUGAAUCGGUUUUAAGGAUCUAUCGUUGGAUGGGAGGCAGCUGUUUACACAAAACUGACAAGGAUGGAUGUCCAAUUUACAUUGAGCGCUUGGGCUAUCAUGCUGCAAAAGAAUUGGCCAAGUUCACUACCACCGAAGAAGUAUCGCAGUAUCAUGUGGGGUGUAACGAAUUCCUGCACCGUGUCAUCAUGCGUGAUUGCUCAAUCAAAGCCAACAAGACCAUCAAUCGCGAGACCGUCAUCUUUGAUUGCACGAAUAUGAAUUGGGGCCAAUUCCACAUGCCAGCUCUUUACUUUAUCAAGGCCAUUUCGGACACGGAUCAAAAGUAUUAUCCAGAGACACUGAACAAAUUGUACCUGGUCAAUGCUCCUUCAGCAUUUGUGAUGGUGUGGAAGAUCGUAAAGGCGUGGUUGGACCCUGGUACCAUUGAAAAGAUCCAAAUUCUUGGCAAGGAUUUCAAGGAUGUCCUCUUGCAGCAAAUCCCGGCUGAAAAUUUACCGAGCUUUUUGGGAGGCGAUUGUACUUGUUCGCAUAUGCCUGGUGGAUGUGUUCCUUCUCAGAUCCUCAAGAACAUCCCAGAAAUCCAAGCUCAAGCACACAAUGAAAAAACAGAAUUCCCAUACAACAAGGAUAUCAUGGAAAAGGCGGAAACAGAUGCUACGCUUCGUGGACCUCCAUCAUUGGCAUUUUGUAACGGCCUUUCCAACGACAGCACAUAA